GGGCCGGGAGGUUCUCGGGUUGGAUUCUGUUCCAGUUUCCUACUGGUCAUGAAACUGGAAUAUUUUGGAGUAGAACGAACGGGAGACCACUGGAGAUCUCGAUUUCUUAUUCUUCCGCAAGCGAAUUCCCAAUUCCGAUCGCCGAGAGGAAGAGAAGAGGACGUUGUUUCUUUGACGCAAUGUUGUAGAUCUUGAAGAUGAUCGCGUAAUUCUACGUCCGCACGUUAGGAUUUACGCGCUGGCGCUAAUUCUAGCGUUCUGAUAAUGAAAUACUGAUUGCGCAUUGGCCUGCAGCCUUCCUCCUCUUUCCUGGCGGGUUUGGAUUCAGAUUCGUCUUUUUCGGCGAUUGAUUAAGGAGUUGAGAGGAGAUGGACAAGUCCAGUGCUUUGGAGUACAUCAACCAGAUGUUUCCUAACGAAGCAUCAUUAUCUGGGGUGGAGCCACUUAUGCAGAAAAUACAAAGUGAGAUACGCCGUGUGGAUGCAAGUAUAUUAGCUGCAGUUCGACAACAGAGUAACUCUGGCACAAAAGCAAAGGAAGAUCUUGCUUCUGCAACACAUGCUGUUCAGGAACUCAUGCACAAAAUACGUGAAAUAAAAACAAAGGCUGAACAAAGUGAAACAAUGGUUCAAGAAAUUUGUCGCGAUAUUAAGAAAUUGGACUGUGCAAAGAAACAUAUAACAACCACGAUUACAGCUCUUCAUCGUCUUACCAUGCUAGUAUCAGCUGUUGAACAACUUCAAAUAAUGGCUUCAAAACGCCAGUAUAAGGAAGCUGCUGCACAGUUGGAGGCAGUAAACCAGUUGUGCAAUCACUUUGAAGCAUACAGGGAUGUACCAAAAAUAUCUGAGCUUAGAGAGAAAUUCAAGAACAUCAAGAAAAUUCUUAAAUCUCAUGUAUUUUCAGACUUCUCAAGCUUAGGUACUGGAAAAGAGACAGAAGAAACUAAUUUGCUGCAGCAGUUGACAGAUGCUUGCUUGGUCGUGGAUGCACUAGAGCCAUCUGUAAGGGAAGAACUAGUAAGAAAUUUCUGCAGCAAGGAGCUUACUUCAUAUCGCCAGAUAUUUGAGGGAGCAGAACUAGCAAAGCUGGAUAAGACAGAGAGGAGAUAUGCAUGGAUUAAGCGUCGAUUGCGAACUAAUGAGGAUGUUUGGAAAAUUUUCCCUUCUGCAUGGCAUGUUGACUAUCUCCUGUGCAUCCAGUUCUGUAAGAUGACCAGGUCACAGCUUGUGGAUAUUCUCAAUAAUCUGAAAGAGAAACCAGAUGUUGCAACACUACUAAUGGCACUUCAGCGAACUCUUGAAUUUGAGGAAGAGUUGGCAGAAAAAUUUAGUGGAGGAACUGCAAGCACUCGGAAUACAGAAUUUGGUAGUGAUGAAGAACCUGGUGAGGGAGAAAGCAACAAGAAAAUUGUCUCAGACAUUCGCAAGAAAUAUGAGAAAAAGCUUGCUUUGCAACAUGGUGGAGAUGAAUUAGACAAGGACAAGCAAAAAGAUUUGACAGUGCCUGGGGCUGGGUUUAACUUCCGUGGAAUUAUUUCAUCUUGCUUUGAAACACAUUUGGCAGUGUAUGUAGAGCUAGAGGAGAAGACUCUAAUGGAACACUUGGAAAAACUUGUUCAGGAAGAAACUUGGGAAACUGAAGAGGGGAGCCAAACUAAUAUUUUGUCAAGUAGCAUGCAGGUAUUCCUAAUAAUAAGGAGAAGCUUAAAAAGAUGCAGUGCUUUAACAAAGAAUCAGACAUUGUUUAAUUUGUUUGGGGUGUUCCAAAGAAUUUUGAAAGCAUAUGCAACAAAGCUGUAUGCUAGAUUGCCCAAAGGUGGCGCUGGGAUUGUUGCAACUGCUACUGGGACAGAUGGGCAGAUUAAGACUUCUGACAGAGAUGAGAGAAUGAUAUGCUAUAUCAUCAACACUGCAGAGUAUUGCCAUAAAACUUCUGGUGAGCUAGCUGAAAAUGUUUCAAAGAUUAUUGAUCCUUCAUUUGUAGAUAAGGUGGACGUGUCAGAAGUUCAGGAUGAGUUCUUCCAGGUGAUUACGAAAGCAUUAGUGACACUAGUCCAUGGUCUAGAGACAAAGUUUGAUGCUGAAAUGAUAGCCAUGACACGAGUACCUUGGGCAACUAUUGAAAGUGUCGGUGACCAAUCAGAGUAUGUCAAUGGUAUCAGCUCUAUUCUUGGAAGUAGUAUUCCUGUGCUUGGAAGCCUACUCUCCCCUACUUACUACCAGUUCUUCUUGGACAAGUUAGCAGCGUCUCUUGGUCCACGUUUAUACCAUAACAUUUUCAAAUGCAAACAAAUAUCAGAAACUGGUGCUCAACAGAUGUUAUUGGAUACUCAAGCAGUAAAGACAAUCCUUAUGGAGAUUCCUGCAUUGGGAAAGCAGACAGCAGUUGCUGCUAGCUAUUCAAAAUUUGUUGGUCGUGAGAUGAGUAAAGCUGAAGCCCUGUUGAAGGUUAUAUUAUCUCCGAUAGAUUCUGUUGGAAAUACUUAUAGAGCACUACUUCCCGAGGGAACACCUGCUGAGUUCCAGAGGAUUCUUGACCUGAAGGGCUUAAAGAAAGCAGAUCAACAAGGUAUUCUUGAUGAUUUUAACAAGCACAACUCUGCAAUCAGGCAUCCAUCUGUGGCACCAUCAGUAGUAAUCCCCUCGGCACCAAUCUCUGCCCCUGCUGCACCAUCAACAUCUACUACUGCUACAUCUUCAGUCAUAGCUGCUCCAGCAAGUAAUAAUACAUCUACUUCCGUAGUUAUGACCUCCCGGGAAGAUGUCCUAGCUCGGGCUGCAGCUCUUGGUAGGGGAGCAGCGACAACAGGAUUUAAGCGGUUCCUUGCAUUAACAGAAGCUGCCAAGGAUAGGAAAGACGGGCCCUUCCGUAAACUCUUCAGCCCUUAGACUUCCUUUGCUUGCUUUGUCAUUCUUUCUUUUCCUUUCAUUAUGAUGUAUUUAAUCUUUGAGACGGACCUAAGGCCUAACCAUAUUUUGCUUUGUAUACUGUAUGUUAAUCAUGUGUAGUCAAGUUAGGGUUUUCUUUCACCAUGCAUUUGUAGCUGACAGAUACAUAUAACUUUUUGACCCGACUAGGUCUUGGAGGUGACCGAUUCGAUUUCAUGUAAAUUUUCGACCGAUCACAAAGUAAAUUAGGAAGUGCGCAUGAUUAUCUGUCCGUAGUGGUCAGUGUUAUUAGAUUUGUCAUUUUUCAAAAAAAAUAUUUUGCAUGUAUUGUAGUUGAGAUUUGAAAUGAAAUUGUUUAAUUAA